AUGAAACACACCUGCUACACGGACCUGGGAUGUUUCUCUAUCAGCCCACCUUUUGGCUUUACCCUGCAAAGACCCCUAGCUCUCCUGCCUCAGUCACCUGAAUGGAUCCGCACCCUGUUCAAGCUGUACACCCGAGCCCAACCGGCAACUCCACUAGACCUGCCAGCCACACAAGUCAAGACCAGCCUCACCACCAUCUGGCCAGGUUUUGUCUCACGACCGACCAAAAUUAUCGUACACGGAUUUCUCGACUGGGUUGAAUUAUCAAGCUGGGGAAAGCUGAUGAAGGACGAGCUGUUGAAACAGGGAGACUACAACGUCAUCCUUGUUGACUGGUCAGGGGGCAAAAAGCCGCCCUACACCCAGGCCACAGCCAAUACAAGAGUCGUAGGGGCUCAGAUAGCUCAGCUCAUCAACCAAAUCAGUGAUGUUUACAGCACAUCGGUCGAAAACUUCCACAUUAUCGGUCACAGUCUGGGCUCCCACGUCGCAGGGUACGCUGGGGAGAGGGUGCCAGGCUUGGGGAGGAUUACAGGUUUGGACCCCGCCGGCCCAUACUUUGAGAACACUCCAGCCAGCGUCAGACUCGACCCCACUGACGCCUUGUUUGUUGACGUCAUCCACACUGACGCGGGGACUCUUCUCACGUUAAACCUGGGCAUCAUGCAGACCGUAGGUCACGCUGACUUUUACGCAAAUUUUGGACAUAACCAGCCUGGAUGUAUCCAGUCUCCAAUAACAACCAUCCAACAAUGGGGGCUUGAUGAUAAUUGUGUUCACAUCCAAGGCUUCGGUGACCUCGUGAUCUGUAACCACAUGCGAGCCUUCCGCCUGUUUACAGAGAGCAUCAACUCCAGCUGUCGCUUCAAGAGUUAUCCUUGUGCUAGUGAACUCAACUUCAUGCUGGGCUGGUGUAACACAUGUGGUGUGUCAGGCUGUGCCAACCUGGGAUUCUGGGCCAAGCCAACGCCUGCUGGAAAAUUUUUCCUGAAGACUGCUGGAAAUCCGCCAUUUUGUUUGGCUUAG